UUUGUGUUAUACCACAUUUCUCUUCAUUCAGCAACACAACCCGGCCGCUUGCAAACCCUCGACUUCAAAGCCAUGCCUUACGUUAAAGCUCAAAAGUCCAAGGCUUAUUUCAAGAGAUUUCAAGUUAAGUUCAAGAGAAGGCGAGAGGGCAAGACGGACUAUCGGGCAAGGAACCGCCUCAUCAAUCAGGACAAGAACAAGUACAACACCCCGAAAUAUCGUUUUGUUGCACGAUUUACCAACAAGGAUAUAAUUGCCCAAAUUGUACAUGCUACUAUUUCUGGUGAUAUAGUUCUUGCAGCAGCUUACGCACAUGAGCUUCCUCUCUAUGAACUUGAAGUUGGUCUUACAAAUUAUGCAGCAGCUUAUUGUGUUGGACUCCUUUUGGCUCGCCGAACACUGAAGCAGCUGGAGAUGGAUUCUGAAUACGAGGGCAAUGUUGAGGCAACUGGGGAGGACUUCAGUGUUGAACCAGCAGAGACCAGGAGGCCUUUCCGUGCUCUCCUUGACGUAGGUCUUGUCAAAACCACCACUGGUAAUCGUGUUUUUGGUGUUCUCAAGGGAGCUUUGGAUGGAGGGAUAGAUAUUCCUCAAAGUGAGAAGAGGUUUGCUGGAUUUAACAAGGACACCAAGCAACUUGAUCCUGAAGUUCACCGCAAAUACAUUUACGGUGGCCAUGUUGCUUCAUACAUGAGGACUUUAAUUGAAGAUGAGCCAGAGAAGUAUCAAUCUCACUUCAGUGAGUACAUAAAGAGAGGCAUUGAGGCUGACAGCUUGGAGGCAAUUUACAAAAAGGUUCAUGCCGCAAUUCGUGCAGACCCGACAGCUAAGAAAUCUGAGAAGCAACCUCCGAAGGAGCACAAGAGGUACAACCUGAAGAAGUUGUCUUACGAGGAAAGGAAGGCCAAGUUGAUCGAUAGGUUGAAAGCUCUCAAUUCAGCUGCCGUAGUCGAAAAUGAUUCAGAUGACGAUGAGUAGGACUCAGGAGCUGAUAAUGUUAUCAAGGAUGGGGAUAUGCGGGAUAUGCCGAGUGGACUCGGAAUUAGGAUUUCGUGCUUGUUUUGCACUCUGAUUUUGCCGUGUUGAAGUUUACUUAGAAAACCUCAAUCUUUGCCUGCUUUAUUAGGGAUGACAAACUGGCUAUUUCUGUGUCGUAAUAUUUGUUGGGAGAAACUGAGUUUUCAAUUUUAGUUUGGUCUCUGCAUGUUUUUUUA